AUGUACAAUUCACCAGCUGUACAGAUGCUCUUUGGCUCAGCCGUCUUACCACUUGUACCGUCUAAGAAUGGAACAGCCCCUUCAGAUCAUGGUUCCCGAGGAAGAAGAAAUUUUUCAGUCCGAAGACCCAGAGGAUCCCGUGGACGCGGCCCUUUCAAGGGGAAACCCAAUGAUAGGACCACCACCUGGCGCAAUGCCCAGAACGCUAAGGUUAUUGCACAGGCGGACGCUGCCAGAGAAGCGAGAUUUGCUUCGAUUGGUCUUGAAGACCCAUCACCCGUAACUGCUGUCACUCAACCUCCACCAACGAGUCGGCCCUACAAUUCACCUGAAUACUCAUCCGUUCAAUUCCUUGGUGUGGCUGUCACCAGUUACGCCCAACCUCUUCAGAUAUCUACUCCAGCUCUAGGCUUUAUGGUAAACCAGUACUACAUUAAACUCCAAGAACAACUAGGAUCUGAUCGAGUUUCGGAAAGAUGUACAAUUCACCAGCUGUACAGAUGCUCUUUGGCUCAGCCGUCUUACCACUUGUACCGUCUAAGAAUGGAACAGGUACCACGUUACAGUUUUCGGAGCGAAUACCCGGACGCACCGAUUAUUCCGGUUGAUUCCUUGGAAUGUUUUAAAACACCGACCAUCGAGGACGAGUUCACCGACUUCAUGGCUCGAAACCCAAUACCUGGUCUUGCCGUCGCAAUGGACAGAAUAACAAAUGUAGAAGCAGUUAUGCCUCGCAACUAUGGACCUGCGAUUGCGUACCGCGAUGCGAGUACUGUACGAGCGCUCAUGAAUUAUACCGCUGCAAAGAUGCGCGAUGUAGAGUUACAUACCGGACGCCUCGGACAGAUUGGGGAAGGAAGUCCAGCAAUACUCUUGAAGAGUACAGCUUCCAUGUUAAAUUCGGAAGCCCAGAUUCCUACAACAGCCACAGGGAUUUUGGAACCAGUCAGUGGUACUGUCGAUAAAAUUAAAAUAUCCCAGAUCAUGGUUCCCGAGGAAGAAGAAAUUUUUCAGUCCGAAGACCCAGAGGAUCCCGUGGACGCGGCCCUUUCAAGGGGAAAUCCAAUGAUAGGACCACCACCUGGCGCAAUGCCCAGAACGCUAAGUUACGCCCAACCUCUUCAGAUAUCUACUCCAGCUCUAGGCUUUAUGGUAAACCAGUACUACAUUAAACUCCAAGAACAACUAGGAUCUGAUCGAGUUUCGGAAAGAUGUACAAUUCACCAGCUGUACAGAUGCUCUUUGGCUCAGCCGUCUUACCACUUGUACCGUCUAAGAAUGGAACAGGUACCACGUUACAGUUUUCGGAGCGAAUACCCGGACGUACCGAUUAUUCCGGUUGAUUCCUUGGAAUGUUUUAAAACACCGACCAUCGAGGACGAGUUCACCGACUUCAUGGCUCGAAACCCAAUACCUGGUCUUGCCGUCGCAAUGGACAGAAUAACAAAUGUAGAAGCAGUUAUGCCUCGCAACUAUGGACCUGCGAUUGCGUACCGCGAUGCGAGUGCUGUACGAGCGCUCAUGAAUUAUACCGCUGCAAAGAUGCGCGAUGUAGAGUUACAUACCGGACGCCUCGGACAGAUUGGGGAAGGAAGUCCAGCAAUACUCUUGAAGAGUACAGCUUCCAUGUUAAAUUCGGAAGCCCAGAUUCCUACAACAGCCACAGGGAUUUUGGAACCAGUCAGUGGUACUGUCGAUAAAAUUAAAAUAUAUCAGGGUUCCCGAGGAAGAAGAAAUUUUUCAGUCCGAAGACCCAGAGGAUCCCGUGGACGCUGCCCUUUCAAGGAGAAACCCAAUGAUAGGACCACCACCUUGCGCAAUGCCCAGAACGCUAAGGUUAUUGCACAGGCGGACGCUGCCAGAGAAGCGAGAUUUGCUUCGAUUGGUCUUGAAGACCCAUCACCCGUAACUGCUGUCGCUCAACCUCCACCAACGAGUCAUGUAAUGUCAUGCGACGACCAUGUGAACGUUAUACCCAGUGUUGCAUAA